AUGGGACGACCGUUCAGAGUUCUGCUGGUCUUCAGUCUCGUGUUGGUCUUCAGUCUAGUGUUGGCCACUAACAAUCAAGUGACUCUUCAAGAAACAAACCAUUUCCUCUUCGCUGCUCCUGGAGACAACAUCACUCUGCCCUGUUUCAACAAAGAUGACAAAGAGUUUGAAUCAACGUAUUAUUGUGCAGUGGCUCAUCACAUCCAGUUCUUAGCGUCUGUUCACGUCUUUGUAAAGACUUUGAACCCUGGACUCGGCAUCCAUCAAACAGCGUCAGAACCAGUGGAAGCAGGACGCGCUCUGGUCCUUCGCUGUGAGGUAGAUUCUGGAACGUGUCUGGGGCCACAGAGGGUCCAUUGGUUCAGACAGUCUGAAAAGUCUGCAGCAGUGCUCUACAGCGAGGAUCAGUGCAAGAGCAAUGAAACAAACCCGACAAAUUCCUGCUUCUACAACCUCCACAUUCAUAAAAUGAGCUCAGAGCAAACUGGGACGUACUACUGCGCUGUGGACCUCUGUGGACAAGUCCUGUUUGGAAACGGGACCGAGGUCAGGGUCAGAGGAGGAAGCAACGAUGUAGAAGCCGCUGGACUGUCCCAGGUUCUCAACUGCAGCGUCAGGACGGAGAGCUGUGUCGGGUCGCGAGGGGUUCACUGGUUUAAACAGUUUGAAGAAUCGAUGAUGGGCGUCGUCUACGAGCAGACUGGGGCGGCCUACUGCGCUGCUGUCACCUGCGGACACCAGCUCCUUGGGAAUCGAACCAAAGUGAAGGUUUUCCCCAGACCCCCCCAGAUGGCCUCCCUGUGGGGGGCUGUGGCCUUCACCUACGCUCUGCUGUUUGCUCUGACUCUGCUCCUGUGCUGUUUAAACCAGAGGAAUAAAACUGAGACGUGCAGUGGAUAA